AUGUCUGCUGCCGUGUGCGGAAACAAGAGAUCUUUGUUCGACGAACUUCCCCCUUCUCCGCCAGUAUCCAAGAGGCUCCGCUGUUCUUCUUCCCCAAUUCGCCUCUCUUUCCCUUCCCUCAUCGACCACCUUCGCCCCCUCUUCCCUCAUAUGGAUGACCAGAUCCUCGAGAAAGCCCUUCAAGAUUGUGGUAAUGACCUAGAUGCUGCCAUCAAGAGCCUCCACGGCCUCUGUUUGGGAUCUGCCGAUGAUAAUUCUCAAACUGCUCCUCAACCUCACCCUGACGUCGUCCACGAAGGUGCGUUGAAAGAGAAUGGGGAUGCUGCUUCUGCUUCUGUUUCUGGGGAUCAGCCUGCUGCUGGCAACUUUCCUGCGGAUGGAGCGGAAUGGAUUGACUUGUUUGUUAGAGAGAUGACGUGUGCUACCAGCGUUGAUGAUGCCAGAGCUCGCGCUACUAGAUUGCUGGAAGUUUUAGAGAAAUCAAUCAGUACACACGCCAGUGCUGGGGCAACAACCGCCCUUCAAAGAGAAAAUUUGAUGCUGAAGGAGCAAAUUGAAGCCCUGACUAAGGAGAAAAAUUGCUUUAAAAGUGCUUUUAGAAUCCAGCUUGAACGGCUUUCCGACUAUGAGAAUAAAAACCAUGAGCUGCAGCAGUUAAAGCAGUUGGUGUCUCAAUAUCAGGAGCAGAUCAGAACUCUUGAGGUGAAUAACUAUGCUUUGAGAAUGCAUUUGAAUCAGGCACAACAGUACAACUCUUUUCCUGGGCGUUUUCCUCCUGAUGCCUUCUAG